AUGCUCGAGAUUGGCCUAAGAGUGGUCCGUGGUCCCGAUUGGAAAUGGGCUCAACAAGAUGAUGGUGAAGGUCAUGUUGGUACAGUUGUUGAACUAGGUAAACCAGGAAGUAACACAUCUCCCGACAAAACUGUUGUUGUUCAAUGGGACUCAGGAUCUCGAACAAAUUAUCGUGUUGGAUAUCAAUCCGCUUAUGAUCUACGUGUUUAUGAUAAUGCACCAGUUGGAGUUCGACAUCCAAAUGUCAUUUGCGAUGCUUGUCGGAAACAUGGAAUUGUUGGCAUGAGAUGGAAAUGUGCUCGAUGUUUUGAUUUCGAUCUUUGUACACAUUGUUAUAUGGCUUUAGACAAACAUGAUCUUACCCAUCCAUUUCUUCGCUUCGAAACAGCUACGAAUACACAAGGCGUGAAAGUUCCACCUCGAAGUCAAAGUCUUGAAUCACGUUUAAUUGCUAAAGGUAUAUUCAAAGGUGCUGUUGUCGUACGUGGUGCUGAUUGGGAUUGGGGUGAUCAAGAUGGUGGGCCAGGUGGUCAAGGAAAAGUUCAAGAAAUUAAAGGUUGGGAAAAUGAAUCUGGACGAAGUGUAGCAGCUGUUGCUUGGUUACAUAAUCCACAUGUAGCGAAUGUUUAUCGUGUUGGACACAAAGGAAAAGUCGAUUUAAAAUANUUAAUUGCUAAAGGUAUAUUCAAAGGUGCUAUUGUCGUACGUGGUGCUGAUUGGGAUUGGGGUGAUCAAGAUGGUGGGCCAGGUGGUCAAGGAAAAGUUCAAGAAAUUAAAGGUUGGGAAAAUGAAUCUGGACGAAGUGUAGCAGCUGUUGCUUGGUUACAUAAUCCGCAUGUAGCGAAUGUUUAUCGUGUUGGACACAAAGGAAAAGUCGAUUUAAAAUAUGUACAAGAAGCCAAAAAUGGUCAAUAUUAUAAAACGCAUUUACCUGUCCUUGGUGAACAUAUCGAACGUCUUGUGCCACCGCUUGAGCUUUCACAGUUUUCCGUUGGCGAUAAAGUUCGUGUUAUGUCUGAUAUUGAUCUAGUUAAACAACUGCAAGAAGGUCACGGCGGAUGGAACAUACGUAUGGCGGAUGUUUUAAGCAAGGAAGGACAUGUUCAUCGUGUUACGGAACGUGGUGAUGUUCGUGUACAAUUUCACUUAAAUGAUGAAAAUAAUCAAGAACAAUCGUCAUCAUCAAUAGCUCAACAAAAUCGUUGGACAUUUCAUCCGGGCGCAUUGAGUAAAAUACAUUCUUUCGCUACUGGUGAUCAAGUUCUUAUUUGUGCCGAUGAACAACGUUUACGACAAGCACAAAAAGGACAUGGAGAAUGGUCACACGAUAUGAUCGGUGUAUUGGGAAAGCAGGGAAGGGUUUUACAAGUUUAUGGUGAUGGAGAUAUCCGUGUCAGCGUUAAUGGUCAAUCAUUUACAUUUAAUCCACAAUGUUGUGUGCCAUUGACAACAACAGCAACACCAUCAGCAGCAGCUAGUUUACUUAAUUCUACAAGUCAUAAUACACUUCAGGCCUAUCAAGCUCAACAACAAAUGGAAUACGCUUCAAGCGUCGAUUGGAGUUUACACGGUGGUUCAUCCAUCGGUGGUGGAACAACAAAUUCAUCGUCUUGUAAACAAAUGUUAAUCUAUAAUACGCUUUUGGGACAUAACGAUGCGUUAUCAUCAUCAGCCAUUGUUCGAGAUGCAGCUCAAGGAAAACUUCAAGCUGUUCGAGAUGCAUUAAACAAGAAUCCACAAUUAGUUGAAAGUCGAUCUGGUGACAAAUCUGCAUUAAUGUUAGCAGCACAUCAAGGCCAUAUAGAUAUUGUUCGCAUUCUUCUCUCCCAUGGAGCUAAUUUAGAACAGCGUGAUGCUGAUGGUGACACUGCACUUCACUAUGCGUGUUUUGGUAAUCAACCCGAUUGUAUAUCGUUAUUAUUAUCAAAAGGUGCAGACAUCAAUUCAAUUAACUCCACGGGGUGUUCCUCACUACAUAUUGUAAUUAAUAAACAAUUGUUAGAGUGUACAAAAAGAUUGCUAAGCAAUCAACAACCAGCCAUCGAUGUUAACUUACAAGACAUUUACGGAGAUACUGCAUUACAUGAUAUUGCAAAUACUCGUGUUUUCGGCCAUUUUGCUGGUCUUGAUGAAUUGUCUUCAUGUGGGACUCAUUCGAGCAUUCUUAAUCUAAUCAAAGAAUUAGAAGAAACGCGCCACCAAACAGGUCUUCUUCCAUCCGAAGGAACAUCGCCUGAUCGUUCCAACAACGAAUGCGUCGAUGGACGAGAACUAAUCGAUCUUCUGCUUUCCGUACCAAAUAUAAAUUUCAAUUUAAAAAAUAAACGCGGAUUUAAUGUUCUUCAUCAUGCUGCACUCAAAGGAAACGCUUAUGUGACAUGCCGAUUAAUCGAAUUAUGUCGACAGUUAGUCGAUUCGAAGAAAGAUGAUGGUUUCUCUUCGCUUCAUUUAGCUUGUUUAAAUGGCCAUUUAUUAGUUACUUGUUUACUAUUACGUUGUGGACACGCGACAGUUGAGAUUUGUAACAGUCGAAAACAAACUCCACUUCAUUUAGCCGUUGCCCAAGGACAUUCAUCCAUUGUUAUUCUCUUAGUACGUGAUCAUCGGGCGUCAACCAAAGUUCUCGAUGAAGAUGGUGAUACACCGCUGCAUUUAAUUCUUUCAAAGACUCAACAGUCUGACGAUUCCUGUUUAACAUUAUUAGGAUCGGAUUUGAUUCCACAGAUGCCUGUUGAUUAUCGUCAAAUACCAAAUAUUGUUUUAGCUGCAUUUCUAAUCAAAUGCGAUGCACCGUUAUUGGUUAAAAACCGUCAGAAUAAACUACCUCUAGAUUAUGUCAGUGAUCAAAAAUUGAAAGAAUAUUUUAUUUUAUUGAAUCGCUCAGCAAUUAUUAAGCAAGUUAUGCCGAAUACAUCAGCAUUAUCACCGUGUAUUAUAUGCGAUGAAUGUCCCGCGGAUAUUUUGUUUGAACCAUGUAAACACAAAAUAUCUUGUAAAGAAUGCUGUGUUAAAAUGAAACGAUGUGUUUUGUGUCAAUUAAAUAUUGAUGCUAAAUAUACACACGAUGGUCAGUUGAUCAGUAGUCCUUUGGUAGGUGCUACUCGACAUACACAUCGAUUACCAUCAACAACUGCGGGUAAUAUAAAUUCUGAUGGAGAAAUUAUCAACAAAGUCGUACGUGACCUUGAAACGAAAGUUCAAGAAUUAGAAGAUGGACAAUCAUGUUCAAUUUGUAUGGAACGAGCACGAAAUGUCGCUUUUCUAUGUGGUCAUACUGCUUGUUCAAAUUGUGCUCAUCCAUUGAAAACUUGCCAUAUCUGUCGAAAGCCAAUUACGAAAAAAAUUAAUCUUUAUUCUUAA